GUCAGAUUUUGGCGAAUGAGGUUCUGCAGAGGGACCUGGAGGGGAUCAUCUCUGGUCUUCAGGAGUACCUGAGAGGACUCAGAGAGCAGGCUCGUCGAGCUCAGCAGCAGGUUCUCAGUCUGCAGGCUGAAAACCAGAGUCUGCAGCUCCACCUGGAGGACACCCAGAGACACUGCAGGCAGCUGGAGGACACGGCCAGGACUCACACACAGGACACGUCUGUCCAGCAGGGGGAGCUGUCUGCGUUGAGGAUGGAGGCUCAGGCUCUGAGAGACAGACAGGUGGAGAGCAGCAGACAGCAGGUGGAGCUGGAGGCGGAGCUCCAGCAGCUGAGGGAGGAGCUGGUCCGACAGGUGACACAGGGACAGUUGGAGCGUGAUGCUCUGCAGGCGGCUGUGGACAAGGAAAAACAGACCAGAGAGAUCAGAGAGUGUCAGUUACAGUCGACCAUUGACGCGCUGCAGGAAGAGAACUCCUCUCUACAGCUGAUCGCACACAGACUCCAGACCCAGCUGCACCAGACCAGAGCCCAGUACAAAGAGACCAGGGCCCACCUAGACCAGACCAGAACUCAGCUGGACCAGUUCACGGCAGCCCUGUCGGAUCCUCAGGAGGUUCAGAGUCGACCUGCGGAGCUGGAUCAGGAUGAGUCCAGUCCUGAGGUCCUGUUGUCCAGAAGUGUGGAGCAGCUCUACAGGACCCUCCAGCAGACCAGGACCAGCAGGGAGCAGCUCCAACAAGACCACAACCGCAGCCGGGAACAGAUACUUGGACUGCAGGCCCAGCGCGCCCAGGACCAGGACCACAUAGCCCGCCUCGAGGCCCAGCUAGGGGGCCAGGACCAGGUGGAUCACAGAGUGGAGCAGGACCAGGAGUCAGACUGGAGGCUGAGGGAGGAUCUGCAGAGACUCAGAGACAGACUGGAGAGGUCUGACAGCAGGAACAGACAAAUCCAACAGAACCUGCAGUCGGAGCUGGAUCAGAGUCGUCAGCAGCUUCAGGACGUCCAGCAGCAGAGAGACACGCUGCUCAGACAGCUGCGUUCACAGAGCGACGGUCACCACCGGAGCCUCGGGCGUCUGCACAGGAAGCUGCGGCAGCUCGGCAGGUUCGUGUGCGACUCGGAUCAGCUGACGGCGGAGCAGCUGAGGUCGACGGUGGAACAGCUGAGAGCUCUGAACCACACGGUGGAUCGGCUGCACGCACAGGUACCACACACACCUGCAUCACCUGCACCUGCGGACGAGAUCGACACGGUGGAGGAGCUGAGGGCGGAGCUGGCUGAAGCUCAGAGACAAACACACACGCUGAGACAGCAGCUGGACCAGACCAGGACCAGGUCCAGGUCUAGAUCCAGGUCCAGGUCCAGGAUCAGGGAUGGAGGACAGUGGUGCUACGUACCUCCUGGACUCAGUGCUCCCAGUCUGGGCUCUCAGGGGACUCAGGACUCUGGUUUGGGGCUGCAGUACCUCAGUUCUCCUGACAGGGGGCGACAGCAGCAGGAUAGACCUCCUGCAGGAGGAGGGUACUGGGUCUACAUCCCCCCACCACAGACCAACUCUGACACAGCAGCAGCAGAGUGGAGGGACAGUGGAGGAGCCAGCGACGCUGAGGGGAGCUCAGCAGGAGGAACUCCUCCUCCUCCUCCUCCUCCUCACACUCCCCUGGUUGGACCCACCUGGCUGCUCUGUGGUUCACCUGCAGCCGUCGUCUACGGUCGUCCAGCUGAGGGUCUGCACUGUAACAUCCCCGAACACAGAGACUCGGGGGAGCAGUGUGUGUGUGAGUGUGCACACAAAGAAACAGAGAGACUGGAGGAAGAGAAGAAGAAACUUCGACUGGAAACCAAACAGCUGCGACACACACUGAGACGUCACAGGAGUGUGAUGCAGGUGUGUGAGGAGGUGGAGUGUGUGGAGAAAACUCUGCUGAAGAGACGAGCUGAGCUGCGUCAGGCCGACAGACUCCUGCUAGAGGCUCAGAGCUGCAUACACACCUGCAGAGACAAGGCCAGUUCAGCUCAGUGGGAGGCGGACGUGUUGCAGCGCAGAGCUCAGGACAGCGCCACCUGCCUGCUGGAGGCCUCACAGCACAUCAGAGAGGUGGAGGAGGAGGUGGCGGAUCUGAGGAGGAGGAGGCAGGAGGAGGAGCAGACUCUGAGGGAGGUGAAGGAGGCGCUGAGGAGCAGAGACCAGGAGCUCCAACACCUGGACACAAAAAUACACUCAGCUACAGAAAGACUGUCUCACCUGCUGUCAGACUGUCAGGAGGCUCAGAGACGUCUGGACUCCAUCAGCAGUCAGGUGGAGCAGCAGGAGCAGAGGUCGGCUCAGAGGAGGGAGGAGCAUCAGACGACUCUGAGCAGGGUGAAAGAGGUCAGAGAGGAGGAGCAGCAGCUGCAGAGCACAGUGAAGGAGCUGUUGGAGCAGCAGGAGGCGCUGCUGAGUGAGAGGAGGACAACGGUCUCAGCUCUGAGAGACGAGGAGCAGAAACUCCUCACACUGCAGACUGAACUCAACACACACCGAGCAGAGCUGAAACAGGUUCUUCAGGAGCUCCUCAUGGAGCAGCAGGCGCUGGAGGAAGUGAAAAUCAAACGCACCCAGACUCUUCAGCAGCUCCACAAGAAGAGGGAGGAGCUGCGCAGGACGAAGGAGGAGUUGGAGCGGACGAAGGACAAACUGAACAGGAAGCAGGAGGCGGCGGAGCGGACGAGGGACGAGCUGGACGGGAUUCAGGACGAGGUGGACAAGAGGAGGGAGGAGCUGGAGGAGAAGCAGCAGGAGGUGGAGAGGAGGAUGGACGAGCUGGACAAAGUGCAGGACCACGUGGACAGGAAGAGGGAGGAGUUGGCGGAGCUGAAACAGGAAGUGGAAUCCUACAGGAAGGAGGCGGAGCUCUGUCUCAGAAACACGAAGCAGCAGCAGACAGAGCUGCAGGAGCUGCAGGAGGAGCUGAGCAGGAGGUGCAAGGAGAGGAGCAGCCUGCAGGAGCAGUGUAAACACCUGGAGUCCAGGCGGAGGCACGCCCACAGGUGUCUGUCGGCUGUGGAGGCGGAGCUUGUGAAACAAAGGGAGGAGCACAGCCAUGCCCAGCUCCUCAAACAGGAAGUGCUCAGAGACACGGCAGCCAAUCAGGAGAAGCUCAAUGAGAGCUCAGAGCUGCUGACUCUGCUCAGUGAACGGGUGGAGGAGGUGAAGAAACAGCUGCAGACUCUGGAACAGCAGCACCAAGCAGAGCAGCUGGACAAACAGGUGGUGCGUGAUGAACUGGAGGAUGUUCAGGCUGCAGUGAGUCGACUGGAGGACAGGAGGCGCCACCUGAGCCAACGACAGCUGCAGCUCAACCUGCUCAGUCAGUCAACCUGAAAUCUGCUGCACAUGUUACUGCAGAGGCACUGUAACAGAGCUGCUCCUGUUUGAUCUGCUCUGACUGAACAGGUGAGGAGCUGCUCCGCCAGGAGGAGGAGCUACAGGUGAGAGGGGAGGAGCUACAGCAACAGAAGGAGGAGCUACAGGUGAGAGAGGAGGAGCUACAGCAACAGAGGGAGGAGCUACA